AUGAAAUGGGACGAGAGUAGCGACUACACGUCAGAGGACGAAGACGGCGACUACCACGCCGUCCGAAUCUGUGACACUUUCAAGAACGGACGGUAUGUCAUUCAGACCAAGCUCGGCUGGGGCCAUUUCUCCACCGUCUGGCUCGCCUGGGGCACCCAACACUUCAGAUUUGUUGCUCUGAAAGUGCAAAAGAGUGCUGACCACUACAUCGAGGCGGCCAUGGAUGAGAUAACCAUCUUGAAACAGAUUGCAGAGGGAGACCCAGAUGAUAAAAAAUGCAUAGUGAAGCUUCUAGACCAUUUUAAGCAUUCGGGUCCGAAUGGGCAACAUGUUUGUAUGGUUUUUGAGUACUUAGGUGAUAAUCUAUUGACGCUGAUUAAGUAUAGUGAUUACUGGGAAGUGCCACUACAUAAGGUUAAGGAGAUUUGUUAUCAUGUUUUGGUUGGAUUGGAUUAUUUGCACAGACAUCUGUCGAUUAUAUACACAAAUUUGAAGCUAAAGAAUAUCUUGUUGAUGUCAAUGAUAGACCUGCUCAAGGAUCCAACAAAGUUAAGAGCACCUCUUAUUCUUCCAGGUGGUAAAGACAAUGAUGCAUCGGAGUCGGGGUAUGCAAAAGCGUUAAAUGGGGAUAUAAGUCGGAACCAGAAGAAAAAUAUUAGAAGAAAGGCGAAUCGUGCAGCUCAAAAGUUUAAAUGGAAAAAUUUACGGGUCCCAAAAGUGAUUUUUAGGUGUAUAAAAUCUUUGGAACGUCCUACGUUAAUAUUAAAAAACAUGUGA